GACAACUGUUACCUGGACCAUCGACCACGUGUGAGUAGAGAGGUGGCGUUUAGUGGCACCCGGUUGCAGGGUACUUGUAUAUCACUGGAACAUGGCCGCGCACAGCUGCAAUAUCUGCCAUGAUGGUUUUGUGUCCUUAUCUGACGUGGUGCUGCACACACGGGCCAGACACAGAAAAGACGACGCGCCUUUGAGAUGUUAUCUGAAAGAGUGUGACGAAAAAAUCGAAAUUUCAGAGCUAACCAAACAUAUUCGACAAAGACAUCCCGAACAAUGCAGCAUCGUGUGCAGGCUUUGUCUGCAGAAAUUCCUAUUUCAGUUCGACUACAGAAACCAUGCUCGUCGCAUCCAUGGUCAAAAUCUGCGUACACGACAGAUAAAGUGUCCCACGUGUAGAGAGAGUGUACCUGACUACACCGCUGAUCACCACCGUCUGGUGGAGUGCCCCAAUCACGUUGAAAAUAAACCUGGAUACCAGAGACGAGCUAAAGCCAGACCAUCAGAUUUACUGGGAGAGACUCUUGGUUCUCUCGAUGAUUUUACAGCAAUGCAUGUUUUGCCAUCAGAAGAGUACAACGAGAAAUGCAGAAAUAUUGUCAAUGAGGUCGUAACGUUUCUGAAAAGCAAAGAAGUUCCUUGGAAUAUUAGCAACAUAAAAGAGGGUGGAUCAUUUGGUAAAGGAACUUCAUUGAAAGACCACAUUGAUGUCAGUUUAGUGGUGCUCAUCACCGAUUUCCAUAACAUGGAAGACCACAUCAAGAAAAUGCAGGAAACAUUAGAACAGGCUAAACAAUCCUUCAUUGAGUCCAAUUCAUGGAAAGAUAGAAUAUCGGAUGUGAAGGUGACGUGCAAGUCUUUGAACUUGUCUAUUAGUGUGGAUGACAAUAGCAACUUAGAUGUGACUAUAUACCCUUCAUGUAAGACAUUACAGGACAAUGCACGGAGAGAUGAAAAAAGAAGACUUUACAGAAAAAUGCUCAAUGUUAAGGACGAUGACAGACUUAUGUACAACACUACUCUGACAGGCUUUGAGGUCGCUUUCGUCCAUCGCAGACAUUCCCCUAUCACGAAACUUAUUCAGCUUGUCAAGUACUGGUGCCAUGAAUGCUUUGAUGCCGAGAGAAUUUCCAAAAUGGGGAGAAGUGCUCCAUCACAAUAUCUCUUGGAAUUGGUCACGAUUCGUUCCUGGGAAGAGGCUGGACAACCAGACGAGUUUCAGCUUGGAUUGGGAUUCCGUGCAGUGCUGGAAAAACUGGUCGAUAACCGUUCGAUGUUCAUUGUAUGGCAUGAGCAUUACGAUAAGGCUACAGCGAGGGAAUCAAUGAGAAAAUUUGCGAUGAGAAGACCUAUAGUACUGAACCCAACCGAUCCAACCCAUAAUGUGGCAGCUGACUGUAAUACUUGGCGUGAAGUCGCCAGUAUUGCACAAGACACGCUGAAACAAAUACCUGUUCAAAAGCUGGGUGUAAUACUGUGAUAUCAGUAGAAACCCCAAAACACCUUUCAGCCAACUGUAGUCUUUUACUUAGGUCUCCGAGACAACUGAAUAGAAAUCAUGUUCUUAAAUUCUGUUUAUGACAAUUUACAGUUUUGUUAUUUUAACGUUUCGAUGUACAGUGUUCUGAGAUGCACUGACUAUGUCUAUUGAAACGCUGUUUACUUAAAUUACGACUUUUGUUUGAUAUAUGCGAUUGCCUAAAAACUUAUUUGAAAAUAUUGUUCAGAACGUUGCUUUAAAUUUUUGUCAACAUAUUGCUUGUUACUUGGCUUAUAACUGUUUAUGUAGCGCUAUAUACUUUAGAAAAUCGCGGUGUUGUAUUCAACGCAUGAUUAAUUUGUUUAUUCUGACUAGGUGUGGAAUGAUAAUGUUCCUACAUUCGGACCUGUAUGUCUAGUAGUUCUUUGUUUGAAUGGAAUGCAUAAAUCACUAUGCAGCUUUGCAGAAAGGAAAUACGAAAAGGAUGUACAUUUCUUGGGAUGUAGCAUUUCAUUUAUAAAUUUAUCAAAAUAGGUUCAUUUUAGUAAGUUAGUUUGUCUCCUAAAAAUACAAAUUUGUUUUUUUAAAACUUUAAGAUAUGUUUUGUUUUUCUGUGUAGCCACUUCGAUGUGAAUGAUCUGUGUAGUAUAGAUUGUAUAGCGAUUUGACUUCCUCCCCUGAUAAUAUUUGUGUAAAUUAUUUCUUAAAACCACCUGUGAGGGCAGUGUAAUAAAAGCUACCCCAUGUGAUGUGAACUUGAUUUCUUUUUCAUUUAAUACUUCAUGUGAUAAAAAUUUUCUAACUUGGAUUUAAUUGUUCAUUGUAUUGUGAAUUGUCACUCCCCCACAAAUUAAAGACAACACACCAACAUUAUAUGGUAAUCAAAACUUGAGAAUGAAGUAUUUCUUUUAGAUGCAAUUACCUUGAAGCUAAAAUUCAACUAUUUGGAGAAAUAUUUUGUUCACUCGGAAUUAUUCCCAUGACAACCAGUGAUCCCCACUCAAUUUUUGUUAAGUGAUAGGGUUUCUUUUUCAACAAAAAUGGAAAAGUUGACCAGUUUUAUUUGAGAUGUACAUUAGAUUUUAUAUUAUAUAAUUUUAUAUUUUAAUAUACUGUGACCAGAAACACAGAAGUAUUUAUAACAAUGUUGGCAUAACCAGUCUGUAGUGAUCUGGGCAUCAUUUGUGUGCUAAGAGACAAAGUUGUCUCACUUCCUUGAAAUAGUUUUAUAAAAUAUAUUUUAACCUAAAAGGAAGACUUACAAGUCUAUUUUAUUUAUACUUAUUUUUACUGCUCCAAUUUAAUUUAAUUUACUUUACAUUAAAGACCCUAGUGGGUUUGUUGUCAAAUGAUACAUUUCGAUCUUUGGAUGGGGAUUGCUCGGGAUCACUGUGGAGACUGACCAUGUGAAUCACUGGUUUGUGUCCUAAUAAGUUAAAAUGCAGUGUAUUCUGUAGAUGAAUCAGUCUAGUAUUCAAACAUGUGCACAAACAAGCACAGGGUGGCUGAUGUUUGUCUUGGGUAAUCGUAUUUAAAAAUUGGGUAAUAAUUUAGAUCCUUGAUCCAAAUAAUGAGAAAAUGAAUAAUGUACAUUCUCUAGAACAUUUCUUCAUUUAUUGAGGCUAGCAUUAAGUUUCAGAAAGUAAUUUGUGGGAGAAUAAAAAAGAAUUUACUUGCCUCCAUGAAAUAAUUGAUUUCAUGUUUUUGUCCCUCUGCGUCUUCUAUUCACAAACACACCAAUUGUCAAAAUUCUAGACUACCGUUACUGUUCAUUUUGAAAUUGAUUUAUUCAUGGAUAAAGAUGAUAGUUUUAGUAAUCUGAUGAUCAUGAUUAUUAAUACAGAUGUCCUUUUAUCUGUUAAGUGAAUG